AUGGCGUCGGUGCGAUCCGUUGGCCUUCACGAACCCCCCGCAUUGCCUUUCCUCGUUUCUGAAGGCCUCGUCCCCCUAGAACCGACGGAAAAUGACUAUGUGUGGAAACCACAGCAACCUGGUAGCGAUGAUGAUAUAACAUAUACGAAGAAUUGUGCCGUCUGGUCGCGCGGUGGUGUGGUAAAACGCGUGUUCAAGCUCGACAUCGAGAACGAGGAAAUCCGCCAUGUUGUUCUCACAUCAUUCCCUUCGGUGUGCCUCCAGAACACCGAGCAUGAGCCACGAAUAUCACCGGAGCAUCUACGAAAUGGACAAACUGCCAUUAAAAACCAUGAAAACGUGAAAUCAAACGGAAGUGAUCGAGAUAUGGUUGUGGAUCCUACUGAUCACAAAAUUGUCAAAGGGCACUUUCAUGCAUGCAGCGAUCCCUCGAAAGCCUUGGUCGUAGUUCUCAAAACCCAAGCACACAUAUUCUUCCUAGCCGGAAAUAGCCAUGUUGUGCCGUUACCGUUUGAAGUUGAUUCUGUCUUCGCUUCCCCUCGAGGGUUGAUCUUCCAGAGGAGGCUCCCUGUACAAACAUCACAGCACGGCCUCGCUGCACCUCCAAACUCCUUUAUCUCACAGCAGACUUUUCCGGAAUUCCAACCGAGCCAGUCGUUCAGAUUAUCGACGGGCAAAGAACCCCGCUUAUCCACCACCCUGGGCUCAACAAAUCCCUCAAAGCCACAAAAGAGAUACAGCGAGUCAGAUAUGCCUCGAACAUUUUCAUUGACGGAUCCUCACUCAGAGAUGGGUCUUGUUGUUUCAAACCUCUCAAAUCGAGCAACAUAUGCCAAACAGGAGCCUUCUGGAUUCGACACUCUAGACCCUGCAGACGAAAUAAUCUAUGUCUCAAGCACCAAUGAGCUUCCAGGGGACCAAAGUACGGUGGAAGUGCGUUCUCUCAUCCUAGUUGUGACGAUAAAUACGAAAACAGGGUUAUACACUAUUUGGACAGCCCGAUAUAGGCUGGAGGCCACAGGUCAAGAAUCAAGGAAACGCAGAAAGCCUGUGCUCAGCGGUGCUCGCUCAAAAAGGCGGAGCUCUCACUUUGGAAUGACUUCAGGAACUGCAACACCGGCUGUUCGGCCCUCAGGAAUGAGAGAAAGCCUCGGCACAGCCCGAAACGUAUCUGGUCCAUCUUUUUCUCAAGGCUUUCCAGCAGAAGAGGCCUCUGAUCAGACUGAUUUCGCGUCCCAAAUAGGGCAGGACUUCGCAGAUAUUGGUGGUCCAUCAAAGACGUCGCGUCGGGUUAGUUCCUUAGUUGCAAGAGCAGAGCUUGGCACUAGCCAAGAUAGGACGACUUUCACGGACCUCGCAACGGGGAACCCUGGGAAUACAGCAAAUUAUGGAAGCCUGCGACAAUCAAUGGGGGCAUAUAGCAGCCGUGCUAGUUUUGGUCAUAAUCUGAGGAGUUCCUUCGCUGGGAACGCUUCUGUUUACAGCAACACCAGUAGCUUCAUGGACGCGCCUGUCGAUCGUCUUCUGGAAGAAUUGAAUAACGGAGGUGGCUUUGAAGGAUUUGAAAGCAUGGAUCUCACUGAAUCCAUGUCUGAGUUACCUAAAGAGAUGAUCUUACAGAAGGUUGAAAGUUUCUCCUCUGCGAUAUCCGGCAGUAGCUUCUCGUUUUCCGAACCGAGAAACUCUCAAAGACCUAGAGUAUUCACGCUACGACCCGACGAAGCAACAUGCGUUAGAACACAUGGCCCAACAAACAUUGGACUUUGCUUACUUGACCGUAGAUCUCAAUCACUGGUUGUGGUGAAUCUCAAGGUUGAAAGGGCAAACAUGUCCGGCAUCAAUAACAGCCUCCAUGGCAAGUCGAUGAAAACUCAGAAGCAAAAUCAGAAGGCCUUCAUGGUCCAGGCAACAAGUAUUCGACACGGUCCCAACGUAGUAGAUGCUUGCAAAGUCGUAGAUGGCGGUAUUUCAAGAAUACUGGUAUUGACGUCUACAAUGGACGGCAAAGGCGAGCUGACCUUGCAAUCUCCCUGGAGCCCUCCUGUCAAAAUUGAGCUUCCAGCCAAAUUAUUGCUGCAUCCUCCACACCGCCUGUCAUUUUUGCAACGGACACACGAGGCAGGUUUGAGAAGAACCCUAGAAAAUCAAACUCUCCAACUAGUUGAGGUGAGGCAUUCUUCCUCGCGAGGUAAGAUAGACGUGGUUGACUCCGAAAAACGUUGCCACCAUAUCGAAGUCCAAUUGCAGCCGAAGAAUGCAUUGGUAAAAAGGAUACUAGAUGUAUGCCGCUUCGUCCUCAGAGAUUCUCUUCGUGCUGCCGAUGGACUGUAUACAGCUUGGUGGGAAGUCUUGCGGUGGCUUCAGUCGAGAAAGUCUGAUGAAAAUGACCUAGAAUGGACCGCCAUAGUUGUUGUACUGUUCAGUAUGGCAGUCGGUUUUAUGGAUUCACCUUCCUCUCGAAUCACCGUUUCUGGGAAGCAAAGACGCAGAAAGGGUCUUUUACGAUCCAGUAGUGGCAGCCACAUCGACCAGGAGAGCUGGGAAACCAUGGUAGAAGGAAUGGCAGGAUCUACUGGUGUCACCUCGUCGUGGAUGAUGAGCUGCUCGUGGGCUUGGGUCUCAAAUGGCGGGCAUGAGGACGGAUCUAAACCAUUUCACGUCGAGAAACAGCCUUUCCAAAAAGAGACCGAUAAAUCGAAGAAUACAUAUAUAAUCCGAUGUGCAAGUCUUGCUCGUGAUUUUUUCGAAAGUCCUCAAGGGGAAGCGGCUUCUGGCUCUGAUGGCUAUCUUCCUACUGCAUUGUGUCAGGAUCUAAAUACACGACGCAAGGCGUUGUGCAGCAUCCUCGUAGGACUUCACUUGUUACGAGAAGAGCAAAAACUUUCUAUUUACGAAAGUGAAAGCUCUUAUCAUGAAAAGGGUAUGCUCGCCCCAGUUUUGGCUCAAAUUGGUCGAUGGGUUGGGUGGACAUCGUGGACCUGGAAAGAGGAUGGCUAUUAUGGUACGGAAUUGGCAACAAUGUCUUGCUGGGCAUUUGAGGACAAUCAAAUGUUGCGUCUAGAUGUCCCUGCGGAGCCCUUCGCUCCACCCUCUAUCUUUGGUCAUCUCCAAAGCUCUCAAAGUCAAAAUGUGACAAGCCCUUUUUUCACUCUCCUUGAUGUCGUGUCGGCCACAGAUCGUCGACCUAGGAAAGGCAGUAUGUGGGACGAUGUCUUUCAACUAACCCCUAGGACCCUCGCAAUCAAUGGGUUCAUGUCUGAAGUUGGUCUGAAGUCAACCACGGUCGAUAAAAUCCAACUUCUUCUUCGCUGGGGGUUGACGAGUAACGUGAUCGAAACUUUGCCAGAAGGUGUAAGUGUACCGUUGUUUGAAACGAUCGCCGGCUGUCAGAUAGAUCCUCCAACGUUAGAUUCACCAACGUCUUGGACCUCUGCAUUAGUAGAACUUAUCGAUCGAGACGAUCUCUAUAUGUCCAUGGAAAUUGAAAAUGUCUCUCAACCAGCUUCUCGCAUGCAACUCGCUGCAAGUCACGAUUCAGUCCGUGAUAUCCACCACAUUGGCAUCUCGACAUUGGAGUUUGAGCUGUCAAACUCGUUUGAAGUUUCUGUGGAGGCAGAUCGUAUAGCCGUCACUCGAUUGAUAUUUCGUGAGGAUAGGCGAUUUCUGGAGGCUUCAAAACUUCUCAACCAGUCCAAAGCCCCAAUAGCUCAAUGUAUUCCUGAACCAGAUUGGUCCGACUCCGAUCUACUGGAAGCUCAAAAAGAGGUGGUUCAACUCGUCACUCUAAGAACUUUGUCUGUGCCCGCUGGCCGAUCCAUGUUUAUGUUCAGUGGUCGCUCACCUUUACUAACUGAAAAGCUACCGAUACCAUCGUUUUCCCUACAGUGCAUAAUGAAAUCAACAAAUGUGACUAUAAGCGCCGAUAGAUCGGCAUUCAGUGAAGAGAAAGUGGCGUGGGCAUUCUUCCAUAACGGAGCUGCGACAGGACUUGCCAUAUCGCGAGCCUCCCGUGGCAUUGACACUUCUUGGAUUCUUUACAACAAACCUCAAGAACUCACGAAUAGGCAUGCUGGAUUCCUGCUUGCCCUUGGACUUAAUGGCCACUUGAAGAACUUGGCUAAGUGGGUGGCUUUCAAAUAUUUGACUCCCAAACACACAAUGACAUCAAUCGGGCUUUUACUCGGCAUGUCCGCGUCUUAUCUGGGAACGAUGGAUAUUCUUAUCACCCGCCUUCUUUCAGUGCAUGUUACUCGAUUGUUGCCUCAAGGUGCAGCAGAGUUGAAUUUGUCCCCACUUACCCAGACGGCUGGUGUUAUGGGCAUUGGGCUGCUGUACUUUAAUUCGCAGCAUCGACGAAUGAGCGAGAUUCUUCUGUCUGAAAUUGAAAAUAUCGGACAGGAAGAAAGUUCAAUCUCCCAGGAAGAACUUCGUGAUGAAGGUUACCGGCUAGCUGCUGGCUUCGCACUGGGGUUGAUUAACCUUGGCAAGGGCAAGGAUCUUAAAGGUCUACGUGAUAUGCAGGUGGUUGAACGGCUGCUUACCUUGGCCGUUGGCACAAAGGAUGUCGAUUUAGUACACAUUCUGGAUAGGGCCACUGCCGGUGCUACUGUUGCCCUCGCGAUCAUCUUCAUGAAAACGAACGACGAAACGCUGGCUCGUAAAAUUGAUAUACCAAACACGACCGUUCAGUUCGACUAUAUACGGCCAGAUCUCUUCCUGUUACGAACAAUGGCGCGGCAUAUCAUCAUGUGGGAUAGUAUUGAACCGAGCCCACAGUGGCUCCUCGGCAGCCUCCCAAAUACAUACAGGAAACGAUACAGGCUUACAGGAAUUCGCAACCUGUCUAGUGACGACAUGCCAUUCUUCAAUAUUAUCGCCGGUCUUUGUUUCGCCAUUGGGCUGCGAUAUGCGGGCUCGGCCAACCCCAGAGCGAAGGAUUUGUUGCUCUCAUAUCUAGAUCAGUUUAUUCGUAUAGUCAGGCUGCCUGCUCCGCAUUAUGAUGGGCGAUUGGCGCGUAAUUCCGUGCGUCACUGCCAAGAUAUCGUAGCAAUAUCUGCUGCCGCUGUCAUGGCUGGCACAGGUGAUUUGGCUCUUUUCCGAAGAUUACGUUCUCUCCACGGCCGAAUCGACCCAGACACAUCUUAUGGAAGUCAUAUGGCAGCCCACAUGGCCAUCGGACUUCUCUUCUUAGGCGGCGGUAGCUACACUCUAGGUACCUCCAACCUAGCGAUUGCCUCGCUAAUGUGUGCAUUUUAUCCGAUAUUUCCUAUGUCUGUAUUAGACAAUAAAUGCCACCUUCAGGCAUUUAGACAUCUCUGGGUAUUGGCUGCUGAACCACGCUGCCUAGUAGCUAGAGACGUAGACACCAGGCGGCCAAUGACAGCUCCGAUUUCCAUCAUCACGAAGGAUGGGCAAAUAACAGAAACAAUCUCGCCAUGCCUGCUUCCCGAUUUAGAUGAUCUUGUUAUGGUCAGAGUACAUUGUCGAGAUCACUGGCCAUUGGUACUAGACUUUGAGAAAAAUAAGCGCUUACGUGACAAAUUCCGCCGUGGCGAUCAGUCCAUAUACUUACGGAGGAAUACGACUUACGAUGCCUCUGGCGGCUCUAUCUUCGCUACCACGCUAUCUGGGCUGAGUGAGGCGCAAGAUAUCCUUCCAAACUCUCUGACAGGGUUGGCGAAAGGGCUCACCCAUCUUCCAAACCCGGUUGCCCUGCUACUCUCGGGCCAACGCAACAAAGCUCCCCAGCACGACUUAUGGGACUGGGUCUUCGCGCUUCCAUCGCUACAGGGUCUAGACCUUUCAGAGCGAUCGGCCGUCUUACCCCCAUCAGCGUUCCAGUUCCGGCCCCACUAUUCAUUUCAUGGUGCAAAAACUCGUCCUCCAUGGCUUCGCUUAUCUCCCGUCGACAGCCGUUUAGUACUUGAAAGCACAGUCAACGAGGCUGUACAAGGUGCAUCCGGACAUGGCACUAAUUCUGAUGAAGUGAAAGAUCGUCUAUGGCAACUUUGUCUCCUUUUUGACUGGAUAGACCGCGAGGUAAAGAGAGAGCGACAAAACGACGCUGAAGGAACGCUGGACUCUAUCCAAGGCUCCACAAAGACCCACCGACGCACAGGAUUGUGGCUAAGAUGGGACGUUAUCGAGGAGGCACGUUGGAAGAUCUGGGGUGUUCAGGUUGGGGAUAAACUUUGGCAGGAUGGAGCAGGCGCUAGCAUCAGCUCGUAA